AAUUCAAAAGUAAUGAAGUAUUUGUUUCCCACAUUUGUCAUUAUUGUCAGCAACAAACAAAAUUCGUUUGUUUUUCCAAUUUUAUCGUAUUAUUGCGUCUUUGUAAAUAUUUUUCAUAAUAAUUAUUGAGUUUUGAAAAUGAACGACUUUGGAUUCAUCGAUUACAAAAAGCCUAGUGAUGAGUGUAGGGACGAUAUGCGCACCUCCACCUAUCGCAGUCACGUCUAUAUGACCGACACCAUGAUGGGGAACCAUAUGCAUGCUAAAUUCAAAGAACCGAAACCGUAUAGUACAGAUCCAACCUUGGAGAAAUUGCGCACGAGCGAUUACAAAGCGAAUUAUACGUGGAAAUAUGAUGACCCAAAUAAAGUGAUAAAUCCCUCGCUCGGUCCAAAAGUACAACAAAUGAAGAAUUACGAAGAUCGACGUCUGCGUUUUAUUAGUCGUCCAAUGCGUCCGGCCAGCAGCGUUAUGCAUCAGGAUUUCCUUUGGAAUCCGCAACCAGUACCUACACCGCCCACACCUACACCUUUACCCACCCCGGUGGCUGCCUCUAAGCUGGUGAUUAAUCGUGCUAAGCCCAGUUGCUCGAAAUACCUCGAUCCAGCUGCAACAACAUCACGUCUGGCCUUUGUGCAUUUCACGCCCGAUGAGUUGAUGGGUAGCGUGGCGCGUCACGACAACAUAACAUUUUGGAAUUGGGAGACUUAUAGUACACAAGGCAAGCGUGUUUUCCCCGGACGCGAUGACACGCAGUGUGAUGACAAAGCGGCAAGGGAGUGCCCAAAACGUCACUGCGAGUUCCCCAGCUCGGUACAACCGGUGCCCAAUUCCGGCAUGACAACGGAAGUACGUGCCAAUUACAUUGAGCCAAUUAAACGUGCAAUAGACUUUGAAUCCGCGCACAUACAGAAUCGUCUGGUAUACGAUCCAGUAACACCGUCAGCGAAAGCUACUGAGUAUAAAGUUUACGGUUCCGGUGAGCGCACGCUGAAAUAUGUCUGAAAAGUCCAACCAGUCCAUGUGCAAAUACUUAUAUUUAAGAAACAUUUUCUUCAGAAUAAAUCAUAUGGUUUUAUACUAAAAUAUAUAUUUGUUGUUAUUUUUAGUUUUAAAAACGUCAUCUGAUUAUACAAUAACCGGAAAUAAUAUGCUUAAAAUUCAUU